AGGGAAAGCAGCUAGAAAGGGGCUCCAUUUGAUUAGAAAGCAGCGGAAAAGAAAACACUGCACACACCAUGAUGCCAGGACAUGCUAGAAACCCACACAGUGUUCAGGUCAGGAAUACUCAUGAACUUUACUAUCUGAGGACACAGAAAGCACAGCAGAAGAUGGAGCGAUCGGAGAAGAGGUUGAAGGAACGACUACGCGUGUGCGUGGCCACCUGUAACAGAGCGGACUACUCUAAACUCGCACCCAUCAUGUUCGGCAUUAAGUCUCACCCUGAAAUCUUUGACCUGGAGGUGGUGGUGCUGGGUUCACAUCUCAUUGAUGAUUACGGAAACACGUUUCGUAUGAUUGAACAGGAUGAGUUCGAUAUCGGCUCUAAGUUGCACACCAUUGUUCGUGGUGAGGAUGAAGCUGCUAUGGUGGAGUCUGUGGGUCUCGCGCUCGUGAAGCUUCCCGACGUGCUCCAGCGUCUCGCCCCUGACAUUCUGCUCGUUCACGGUGACCGUUUUGACGCUCUGGCCUUGGCGACGGCAGCGGCUCUAAUGAACAUUCGCAUUUUGCACCUGGAAGGUGGAGAAGUGAGCGGCACCAUUGAUGAUUCCAUUCGUCACGCCAUCUCCAAACUGGCACACUACCACGCCGUCUGCACACGCUCGGCAGAGAGACACCUCAUCUCAAUGUGCGAAGACCACUCUCACAUUUUAUUGGCUGGCUGCCCGUCAUACGACAGGCUGCUUUCCGCCCACCAACGAGACGAUUAUACUGAUAUCAUCAAGUCGUGGCUUGGGGAUGAUGUGAAGGAACAGGACUAUAUUGUAGCUCUGCAGCAUCCUGUUACCACAGACAUCAAGAAUUCCAUUAAGAUCUAUGAGUUAAUGCUGGACGCCCUCAUCUCCUUCAACAAGAAAACUCUCGUUCUCUUCCCGAAUAUUGAUGCAGGAAGUAAGGAGAUGGUUCGUGUGAUGAGGCGGAAGGGAAUCGAACAGCAUCCGAACUUCCGUGCGGUGAAGCAUGUUCCGUUCGAUCAGUUCAUCCAGCUGGUGGCACACGCCGGCUGCAUGAUUGGGAACAGCAGCUGUGGAGUUCGUGAGGCCGGAGCGUUCGGAACACCUGUCAUUAACCUGGGGACUCGCCAGACGGGCCGAGAAACAGGGGAAAAUGUUCUACACGUGCGAGAUGCAGACACACAUAAUAAAAUAUACCAUGCCCUGGAGCUGCAGUUUGGAAAACGCUACCCCUGUACCAGAAUCGGAGGUGGUAUAAUCCAGCAUAAUGAACUGAUCCAUGGCAGCGCAUUUUGCGCGGCAGAACUGGGACACAUCGUGGUCUCAUUGGAAGGACCAGAGUGCAUGUGUGGCAGCCACGGCUGCAUAGAGGCCUACUCAUCAGGUCUCGCCCUGCAGAGAGAAGCCAAGAGACUCCAUGACGAGGACUUGCUGUUGGUGGAAGGAAUGACUGUGAAUAACAAAGAACAGGUGAAUGCUAUUCAUCUCAUCAACGCUGCACACCUCGGCAACUCCAAAGCCGAGAGUGUUCUUCACACCGCGGGAACUGCCCUGGGUUUGGGCAUUGUGAACAUCCUGCACAUGAUCAACCCGUCUCUGGUGAUCCUGUCUGGUGUCCUGGCGGCGCACUAUGAGAAUCCCGUUCGUCAGGUGAUCAGCCAGCGUGCUCUCCUCUCGGCGCAGGGGACCAAGGUCAUGGUGUCUGAGCUCGAGGAUCCUGCGCUGCUGGGUGCCGCCAGCAUGGUACUGGACUAUACCACCCGCCGCACCUACUGAAAGAGCUCGAAGACCAGGAACUAAUCAGUUACAGACUUAAAGACCAAGGGCCAAUCAUGUGCUAUGUCCUUGUUAGGAUCAUAGUGGCUUCGAAGCCUGACCUAAACACUUUUAUUCAUCUAGUUUGUACUAUAGUCACAUAUAGGUGCUAUAUUAUUUGGGAUCAAUUGCCUAAUGAAAGAUUUUUUAAUUUUGAAGAAUGGUUCAAGUAUUUGAAGGAUAGUUUUAUUUAAUAUUUGUACAGUGGAACUAAGGGGUAUUUGUUACAGAGAGGCUGCUAUAAAAAAAACUGCUGUGGUUUCGUCACCCAUUCUGUCUAUAUUGCUUUCUAUUGUUUGUAUUUUUUAUUGGAGGCAGUGGCGUUCUCCUUUGCGCCUUAUGCUGAUCGUUGCCAAGCCUUUAUUGUGUUUUCAGCACCAUAUGUUUCAAUGUAUUCGUUCACUCAGCCUGUAUGAAUGAAUGAGAAAUGUUUGUCCAGUAUGUCUAAAGUAAUUUAAUAUUUAAUUUGAAUCACAGAACCUAUAGAAUUGUUUACCUAUUAUGUACAUUAAAAAUUAUUGAAAACAA